CGCAGCCUGCUGUCACAGGACUCCAGCCUUCUGUGGUGAUAGCCGAGUUUCGAGCUUUCAUCAUUGGGACGAUGGUGAUUUAACAGUGGCAAAUAUAAACCACGGCUGUUGUUUUAUGGCAGUCGGCUGUCCGUUUUUUACCUUUCACGGGGACUAGUCCUUUUGAGAGAAGUAUAUUUUACGGGUGAUUAUCGGAGCUGCAAAUACUGCAGGAGUACGACUCGACUGAAAAAAGAGAAUUAUGGUGCUGGGUGGAUCGCUAGCACAGGAAAAGACACAAAUGAUGCGUAUUAAAGGCACCCUGUCUUACAUGAUAUUGCAUUGUUCUGGCACCGGAUUAUAAUAUUACGGACCUGUAGCUGCAGUCAUUACUCAAGAGAUCCAAAACCUGGGAGCCAUGAGAUCCUCAGCUUUGGUCAGCAGCUGAAGCGGAUUUCUUUUGAGAGAGAGGAAUUUUUUGUUUGUAAGAAAAGGGAAAAAAAUCACCAUGGAUGGCCUGCAGAAGGACAGCCAGCCUGGCAUGCCGUUGGACAUGGUGAGUGGCCAUAGCGCGGGCAGCGGUGGCGGGGAGGCCGACGGCGGGAGCGGUAAGCUGGAGAACGGCAUGACCCAGCUGAUCACGGCCGAGGCCUGGAACAUCAACUCCAGCGGGCUGAUGAAGAAGGCCCUCUCCCCUAUGGUGGCCGUCCCGGCCCCCUCGGUGGUCAGCCCCAGUGCCGAGUCCCCUGGAGGGGUGGCCCUGAAGGUGGCCGCCACUGUCCUGCAGCCCAUCUGUCUCGGGGACAGCCCGGUGGUGCUCCCCAUCCACCUCCAAAUGGCCGGGAGCACCGCCCCCCAGGUCAACCAGGCGGCCAGUUCUCCCUACCUCAUGACCAGCCAGGGUCCUGUCUCCCUGCCUCUGGUCUUGGAGCAGCAGGUGUUCCAGCACCUCAACUCCCCCGUUCUCCCGCCUGGUGCCCAGUGUCCCACCAUAUCCCUCCAGAACAAUGUCCUGUGCCACAACUCCUCUCUCUCAUUCAGCCAGCCCUCACCUUUGGAUCAAAAGCCCAUGGGGCAGGCGCAGGAGCCUGGGGUCCUGCCCCUCUUCCAAAACCCAGGGCUGGCUGCCAUUUUGCAGGACAUGUUCCCAUCCCAGAACAACUUGGGCUCCUCCCCUUGUCACCCCACUGCCCCUCCCCCGGCUGACCCUUUCUCUUCCUCCACGUUCUUCCCGCAGCCCCCUCUCCCCCAUCCAUAUAGUUCCCUGCUGUCUCCCCUGGUUCCUCCUGCCACCCUGUUGGUCCCAUACCCCGUCAUUGUGCCCCUGCCCGUUCCUCUACCCAUCCCCAUCCCAGUCCCCAUCCCCAUCCCACCUAACGCAGAAUCCAAGUGUUUUUCCGACCCUCCCAGGCCAGUUUGCACUUUGAGCAAAAGCACCCAGACUAACAGCAAGGAGAUCCCCAGUCCCUUGCAGAACUACAGCAGGGAAAUGGCUCUACUGGUGCCCCAAUUGGACUCGGCGUCCUGCAUUCCUAUCACCAGUGGAGAAGUUCUGGACCUAUCUAUGAAGUCCCCACCAUUUCAGACCAAGCAGGAAGUCCCAGUUCAGCAAGACAGUGUCCUUGACUUGUCAGUGGCCAGUGUGAGGAAACCGUGCAUCCAGUCAUAUGCAAGCAGAGAUGUGGGGGUUGAGCUGGACCACGCCUGUCGCUCGGGUGAAGAGACAGCACAUGCUGCCUUAUCUCUGGAGGUCCUGCGUCCCAUCGAGCAUGCCCAGAAGCUGGACUCCAAGAUUCUGAAUGGCCUGGCAUCCCUGGAGUUCAGCCGGCAGCACAAGUGGGUAAUGGACGGGGGUGGAGGAGGGGGUGGAGGUGGAAGGUCUGGCUGUGAGCCCAAGUGUGGUGGGGGCAGCAACUUUGAGAUCGUCAGCACCUCCCAGACAGCCAAGGUCAUCGUCUCGGUCAAGGAUGCUGUCCCAGCCAUCUUCUGCGGGAAGAUCAAGGGGCUGUCCGGUGUCUCUACCAAAAACUUCUCCAUCAAACAGGAUGCCAACCAGCAGGCUGUGUUGCAGCAGUGCUUUGAACGGAAGGCCCAGGCCGACCCUCGCGACCCCAAUGACCCCCUCAAAAAGACACCCAAAAACAGAGCCAUAAAGUUAAAAAAGGUCAACUCCCAAGAGAUACACAUCCUCCCCAUCAAGAAACAACGACUUGCUGCGUUUUUCCCCAGAAAGUAAAACUCUGUGUAUAUGCUCAAAUUCAAAUGACGGUCGGGCUUGUCCUAACGAUGGUCUCCUGUAGAAAUGGACAAGGCCACAUUAUGUGCUGUUUUCCGCAAACAGUUAAGGGCAAGUGAUACAGCCUUGGUUGCCUUUGCAAGUACUUCAUCAGUCAAGUCCACAGAAAGCAGCUUUGUUUCACAGAGUAACAACAAUUUGGUAGGGGGAAAGGACAUAUAGUACCAUAGCCAAAAUGCCCAUGGGGUGAUCUACUUCAGAGGUUUUGGAAUGCUUCUUUAGCCACAUCAUGAAUAUGCAUUUGUUUUGACCCAGUAAGUAAUGUGCUCUUAUAGACUUUUCCCUCAUUUACCAUCAAGUUUUGUGUCACUGAUGGUUUGCAUUUCUAGCCUUAAAAUGUAUAUCUUAUACAUUUAAAAUCCCAUUCCACCUCAUUAUAUAUAUAUAUAUACUAUAUAUUAACUGUUUUGGGGGAAAUAAUCACAGUUAAGUCAUGAGUCAGAAAUCAUCAGGGGGUCACUUUGAACAUCAGCAUUAGAUCUAAACAUUCUGUGUUGAUUAUGAAAUUUGAUAUAGGGUACUAACUUUCACUUCCUAAUCUGAUAUCAGUUUACUGGCAAUCGGCAUUUCAGUGAUUUACUCAACCAGUGCAUAUUUCUGAUGCAGAACUUGGAUUGAUGACAGCUUGGCACAAACAAAGCUGUGUUUUCUUUACUUAUAAUGAAUGCUUGGCACGCCAGCCAUGAUAUCAUCAAAGCACAAUAUUAAUCAGCUUGUAAUGGGAGAAAAUAGAUGAACACCCCACAUCUCUCCCACAUUAAAUUUUAAAUCAAAUGACCACCAAGGGCUAUUUUAAGGAAAAGGGUCAGAUUUGAAAAGGUCUGAUGAGCAACUUGAUUCAGCCUUGACAGAAUGUCAGUCUGUUUUUAUUUUUUUGCAUUAUUCACUGGAGACAAAAUGUAAUGCAUAUCACUAUGCUUUUUUUUCAAGAACCACCUUUCAUUAAACUCAGAGCAUAUACGUGAUGCUUAGACAUGUACAUAAGUCAUCAUUAAAUAGAUUCAUUUCCACUUUUGGGAAGUGCUGCCCCAUUCACAGCGAGUUUUAUUUGAAAAAAGAAUUACUUUCAGUGUCUAGACUUGACUCUGCAUGUUGUCUUUCACAAAGCCCAGAAAUAAUCCAAAAUGUACCUUCUGUUUGUGUGUAUGUGAGCUCGAAAUGGCAAGUUCUGUUAACUUCUAUGUUAUUGUUUUAAGUAUUUUUACCUGUUCAUGUUUGUGGUCAGAAUUGUAAUGUAUAUGUAAGUGCUAUUGGGUUGAAGUAGAUGCUCUUAAUCUUAGCAAUUUAGUCAGAUAUCUUAAUUGAUUUGUUUUUCUCCACCUUUUGAGAUGAUCUUUUACCAAUUUUGUUAUUUGUUUUUUAUGGUGAAAUCAUAUUGCUCUGUAAAGAUGUGAAGACAUGCUACUGCAUAUAGGCUAUAUGAAUACGUUUGGUAGGAACUGAGUUUUGCAAAUAGCAGGGGCAAAAUGUGAACUCUAUGAAACUAGUGUUGGGGUUGAUGAGAAGAAUAUGAUGUGUUCUACUUUAGAAUAGUAAUUUAAUUUCACAGAUUGAUUGGUUACUUUUUAUUGCUGUAAUUUAUUUUGUUGUACAGUGCAAUUGCACAAGCUUUUUCGAAUGAAAAUAAAAUCAAUUUACUGUUGAGUGCAA